AUGGACAACCUGUAUAGAUCUUGGAACCAAAGUUGCCAAUAUGAAAAAAUAUCCCCGAACAGCAUUGUCGUCCCAGUGUUGGCCGACGGCCGUCCAGGCCCCAUACCAACCAAAUGCACGACGGAUUGCCGGCUCACCGAAAGAAUGUAUGAAUUAAACAAUAACUUGACGAAAAUGGAUAAGCUGUACUCACUUGGUGUUGUUUACGGCGCUUACGUUGACAGCUUGCGAUCGUCUCCAACAGCGUACGGAUCACGGGACAAACAAUGGCAACGACAUUAUUACGGUGAGACAGUCGGCCAUUUUAUUGGGAUUGUUUUAUGUGGCUGGCGGCGUACUGGUAGCCGUGUGUUUGUUCCUGCGCGUGCGUGCGUGCGUUUCAUCGGCAGCGGCGGCGGUACAACAACAACAACAACUUCACUAAACAUCAAUUAUUCAAUACAAAGAUGA